AUGUCUACGUCUAGCACAAGCGACAGCACCAAACCACUCCCCCACUCCGAGGACUACCUCCUUUUCAAGCGCUAUGCCUCUAUCACCUUUGUUGUCGCGGCGCCGAUACUCAUCGCCCUCCCUCCGCGAAAGCUAGAUCUAUACAGCGUUUCCCUGGCCUCCGCGUUCUUCUUCUCUGCAAACUACUUGACGGCCGACCAGACCGGUAAAAGCAUCAUGCAGCGCCUCGGAGCACGUUUCGAGGGCCAGAAGCCACCUAGCAUCUUCAGAGACCUGCCCACUGAGAGGGCGGAGGAGGUGAGGGAGCAGAUACGCCGUGCGAGAGAGGCUGCGAGACAGCAGGAGUUUCAGCGGCAGCAGGCGCAGAAGGGCGCGGAGAAGGAGGAUGGUGGGCCCGUGCUGGCUGAGUUGGGGAAGAAGAUAUGGAUGGGUGAGGAGACGGAGGGAUGGAAGGAGAAGCGGAUGGAGGAGGAGAGAAAGGCGCUGGAGGAAGGAAAAGGGUACGGCGAUUUGAUCAUGGAUCAUAUCCGGGAUGCCAUUGGGGUGAACAAAUAUACCAGUGACAGCGAAAGAACGGAUGAGAAGAAUGCAGAACCGUGAAAGAAAAAGAAAAAUCAAAGGAAUUGAAAGCAGCUACGCCGUGCUUUCACAAGUCCACUCUGGUGCUCAGGGGGAAACGUGAAGGCACUCCAGUUCGACUGUUGGGUUAUGUGGCCCGUCGGAGCCUACACAGUCGCUGGCAUGGAAAUCUGGCAUUGGGCAAGUUCAGCAUCACGUCCCACGCAACCCACCCGGGCGCACCCGUCGCAGACUUUGAGUGAAAUCAUCAAAACCAAAACGACGGGAAGAGCCC